AAUCCACAAAAACACUUUAUAAAUUAUAGUUUCAAUUCCCUAGAAGAAACAAACAUGGCUUCAUAAGAAUAAGACAAAUCCUUUUUUAUUUUUUAUUUUUAAUUGUUUGCAUCUUCAAAUACUGUCUGAACUUGCUAUAGUAUUCCCUCCUUUAUUCUUGUUUAUUUUCUCAUUUAUAGCAAUUUUCAACAAAGAUGAAGCAUCCACAAUCAGCCAACAAGCAUCAGCAGAAUUUGUGGGCAGCUAUGGUUUUGGGAAAAUGGCUUCAUAUUAGAAGCAAAGAAGCUGAUUAUGGAGCUGACCUUGAUGAUGAUGAUGCUGAUGAUAAUGAGGAUGACCCUGAAUCUGACUCAGAUAAUGAAGAUUUUGGAAGACAUUCGCGAUUUGGGUACAGCAGAGAGGAUGAAGCUCCGGCAAAAUCAAAUGAAUUUAACCCAAGCUUAAGGAGGCAAAAGUCAUUGACUUUAAGGUCUCAGUAUAUAAACAAGAAGGAACUGAGAGUAUGUGCUGGAACAUGGAAUGUUGGAGGAAAACUUCCACCUAAUGACCUUGAUAUUGAUGAUUGGCUAGGCAUUGACCAACCAGCUGAUAUUUAUGUCCUUGGCCUUCAAGAGAUUGUACCAUUAAACCCUGGCAACAUUUUUGUUGCUGCUGAUACUCGACCUGUACCAAAAUGGGAAAACCUUAUUCGCGAAACAUUGAAUAGAGUUCAACCAAAACCAUCAAAGAUAAAAUCCUUCAGUGACCCUCCAUCCCCAUCAAAGUUUAAACCAUCAGUUGAUGCACCGGAUAUAGAAGAAGAAAUAUUACUAGAAAGUGAUAGCGACAUUGGUGAAGAAGUCCAUCCAUUAGACGAAGAACAACAUAAUAAUGUAUUUGAUAAUGGUAUAGAUAAUAAUAAUCCAAUCACAGAUGAAGCCUUGAAUACUAGUUUGCAGGCUGCAGAGGCUGCUGAUAUUGCAAACUCAAGGAGGUUGAAUAGGUUAAAUUGUUUUCGCAACGAUCAUGAUUCAUCGGAAAACAUUGAAACAACAUCUUCUCAACAGAUUAGAAAGCUAUCUAAAAUGGUUAGUGGGAGUGAAAGGAUUGGUUUGACUUGGCCAGAGCCACCAUUAAAUUUGUUGCCUCAGAGAGUAUUGGAGAGACCAGUUUCUUUUAAACCUGUUAAAUCCUUUCAAGCAACAAAGUCCUUUAGAAACAGUGAUUCUUUUAAAUCAAAAACAGAUGCUAUGGAUUUACUGGCUGAUAUUGACCUUGAAGCUUUGAUGAAGAGGAAAACAAGACCAUCAUAUGUGAAGAUAGUGAGCAAACAGAUGGUUGGGAUUUUCAUUUCGAUAUGGGUUCGAAGGAGCUUGCGAAAACAUAUUCAGAAUUUGAAGAUGUCAACUGUUGGUGUUGGUGUCAUGGGAUAUAUUGGUAACAAGGGAUCAAUAUCAGUGAGCAUGUCUGUCUAUCAGACACUUUUUUGCUUUAUAUGCAGUCACCUUACAGCAGGUGAAAAGGAAGCAGAUGAAAUCAAAAGAAAUGUUGAUGUUCGUGAAAUACAUCAAAGAACACAUUUCUAUUCAAUUUCUGAUAUUGGACUUCCCAAAACCAUCCUUGAUCAUGAACGAAUAAUUUGGUUGGGUGAUCUGAAUUACCGUAUCAGCUUGUCAUAUGAUAAAACAAGAGAACUUAUCUCAAAAAAGCAGUGGUCAAAAUUGGUUGAAAGAGACCAGCUUGUGAAAGAACUAGAGAAAGGUGUAUUUGAUGGAUGGUCAGAAGGUACAUUAAACUUCCCACCAACUUAUAAGUAUGAGAUUAAUUCCGAAAAGUACUAUGGAGAGGACCCAAAGGUUGGGAGGCGUACACCAGCAUGGUGUGAUCGUAUUCUUUCAUAUGGAAAUGGAAUGAGAUUAAUGAGUUACAAAAGGAAUGAAAUUAAAUUUUCAGACCAUAGACCUGUGAGUGCCACAUAUAUGGCUGAGGUUGAGGUCUUUUCUCCAAGGAAGCUACAGAAAGCACUUACUUUCACUGAUGCAGAGGUUGAAAAUGAAGAAAUCAUCAAUAAUUUCGGCACUUGGAAUUUAGCUGCAUAAUAAUCUGAACAGGAUAUGAGUUGUGAAUAAUGAAGUGUAUUAUUAUUUACUGAAUUUGAAGGAGCAACAAUGGUAGCUAGCUAUUGCAACUUCUCAAAUACACACGGUCACUGUAGAUAAUAAUAAAUUUCUUCAUUUAAUAUUUGUUAAAUAUUUUGAAGUCAAUUCUAAUAGAGAAUAUAGUUGUAUGAUAUGAACAGGAUUUAAAGCUAGUUUAUAGAUUGAACUAUGUUUAUAAAAAAUAAAUAGAAGGCAAAUAUAUCUAAACUCUGAGUACUUUCAGUUGAAGGUAGCAUUAUAAUACAACAUUGCGAAAAGGGACUCACUUGGCCUCCUUCGCGCAUCUAAGCUCAGAUCUAUUGGUGAAAUAUUCUGAAA